AUGGAAGAGAGACCAAUCGAGGAAUUGCUCAAUUUGGACGAGAUUGAAGCCCUCGCCGCCAGUAAAGUGAGCAAGAAGGCAUGGGCAUAUUAUUACUCAGCUUCCGACGACAAGAUCAGCAAGCAUACCAACACAGAGGUCUUCCGCUCCAUCCAAUUAAGACCAAAGGUCUUCGUUGACUGCACGGAAUGCAAUUUAGAUACCAAAUUGUUGGAUAAUCCCGUGUCUAUCCCCAUCUAUGUUUGCCCGGCAGCUAUGGCCCGACUGGGGCACCCCGCUGGCGAAGCUGGAAUUGCCGAGGCAUGUCGUAGCUUCGGUGCUUUACAGAUCAUCUCGAACAUGGCGUCGAUGACACCGGAGCAGAUUGUUGCGGGCGCUGCUCCAAACCAGUCAUUUGGCUGGCAGCUGUAUGUGCAUGGUGAUCGAACCAAGAGCGAACGGAUGCUGGCUCGAAUCAAUAAACUGAGUGCAAUCAAAUUUAUUGCCUUGACGGUUGAUUCUGCUGUGACUGGGAAAAGAGAGGACGAUGAACGCGGCGGAAAUGUCCUAACUGUCAUAAACCAACCGGGUUCAGAGGAGACUGCCUAUCUGAAGGACGAGGGCAAGAACCCAUCCACCAAUACAAAUGCAGAUCCGGUAUUCAAGGGGAUGGACCCUUCUAUUACAUGGAUGGAGACUUUGACUUGGCUGGCAAAACACACCGAUCUUCCAGUUGUUCUCAAGGGUAUUCAAACCCACGAAGACGCGUACAUUGCUUCGCAAUAUACACCCCAAGUCAAAGGAAUCAUUCUUUCAAACCACGGUGGUCGGUCCCUAGACACAGCUCCUCCUGCUGUUCAUACCCUGCUUGAAAUCCGCAAAUAUUGCCCCGAGGUCUUCGACAAGAUCGAGGUCUGGAUCGAUGGUGGUAUCAAGCGUGGAACGGAUGUGGUCAAAGCUCUUUGCUUGGGCGCAAGAGGCGUCGGAAUAGGAAGAGCUGCGCUCUGGGGCUUGGGAGCUGGCGGCGUGGACGGAGUGAAACGAACAUUGCAAAUUUUAACUGACGAAACGAAGACAUGCAUGCGACUUCUGGGGGCGAAGAGUAUUGACGAGCUCGGGAAACAACAUAUAAACACUCGGCUGGUGGAGAAAGAGAUCUAUGAUGGACCGUCUGGCCUCGAAGCCUGUCGGGCAAAGCACCUGUCGAGACUCUAA